UCUUUACCACUUGUGUACUUGUCCGAUGUAUCAUCCUAACAAUAAUCGCGCUCCUACGUGAAAAAAAUGUCUCUACAUUCGACACCUAUUUUGUAUUUAAACAUGGGCGGUGAAAUGCUGUAUGUUUUGCGACAAAGGCUGAAGGCGCAAAAAAUCGACGCCGACAAAACAAUACAAGUAUUGGACGAGGUAACCGCCGCUUUGCUCAAUCCCAAGAUAUUGUCAUCGAUAUUCAUAGAGUCGCCGAUGAUCGGUGUGUCACAUUUACGCACCACCUUGGAAAGUGUCGUUCUCUCGUCCAUUAUGAAGCUAGACAGGACUAGUAUGGACAAACUAUUCGACCUGAUGAUUAUGAUGGUCAAGUAUCAAUUAAAGGCAGCUACUGGACCUAGGGAAGUCAUUCUCAUUAUUUUGAAUCACAUCGAUGCGAUACGCGACAUGGUCAGCGAUGUGAAUGCGCAAAAAUGCGUCACCCUAGUACAGGAGAUGGUCGUUGACUUCUACGGAUGCCUGACUUUUGAAGAGAUCUGGAAUGCGCGGGAGAACUGUCUGAAGGAACUGGAAUCAUAUCACGUGCGAGUCUCAAUUCUCCUGCGUCGUGGUCUACAGAAUGAGGACGCCAGCUUCAACCUCACGCCUCAUGGGUACAAUGAGAGAUACAUGGAGCACAGAGAUACUCUAGGAGCCAUGAAGUUGAAAGACGUGAGCCCUGAAACGUACGGUGGCGGAUCCUUUGACACUUUUGGUGAUAGAAAAACAUUAUUAGGCAAGAACAUAUACUUGCCGACAUACGGUGUAAUGGGAAGGCGAGAUAGUCAACAGUUCUUGAAAGAUUGCGGGGCGAAAGCAGAACUAGGUAUGCUGGCUGUCCAGCUCGGGACUGAGGAGACCAAUUAUGAGAGACCAUUCACGCUUAAUCUACUUUCAAACGUAGACGAGGAGAAUAUAAAUAACGCAAAUAAGGAAAUCGAUGCUGAAGCAAACAAUACUAAACGAAAUAAUGUAGAAAAUGAAAAGCCGAAAUUGAACGAGGAUUAUAAAGCUAAACUCGACAAUGUAUACGCGGAUUUUUUCGAGGACGAGCAUGAAACUUUAAAACGCAGCAUGGAUUUGCUGGAUCUUCUUGACGAGAUCGAAUAAUUCGAAUUUUAACUGACGAAAUCUG